AUGGCUUCUGGCGAUGCUCCUGACAACCGAAUUCGAUGCGCAUGGGAUGGCGACCCGGCAGCUUAUCCAGACUUCAUGCGGCGGGUGCGACUCGCCUUUGAGCGCACGCCGCGCAAGAAGCGCCACCUCCUAGGACCGGAGGUCGUCGCUCAAUUGAGCGGCAAGGCAUGGAUAGUGACUCAGGACCUGGAUCAUCGGCUGUUGGUUCGGAGGAACGGCGUCAUAUACCUUUUAGAGUACCUCCACGAACGUCUUGGUAGAACUCCGGUACCAGACGUAGGUACCCGCCUUGAAAAUCUUAUCCUUCGAAUCCGUCGCCCAAGCGGACAAAGCAUGUCAACAUGGAGCAGUCAGUUGCGCUACCACUACCGACAACUUCAAGUUGCGCUAGGGCGAGUUCGUAAGGAACAGGAUCGGAAGGAUGACGCCUCGACCGCUUCUCCAUCGACCUCGCGGCCACCACGAUCCUCGCCUCCAUCUACGAGUUCUCCGAGGCGAGCCAGCCGCGAGACUCAGGAAGAACCUCAAGGUGAAGAUGAUGCUGAUGAAGGUGCCACUGUUGGUCCCCCAGAAGAUGAUCGUGAUGAGCUUCUGGCGGAUGAGCCGGAAGGUCGGGAAUCCCCGACCUGGAGGCGUUCGCGCCGCAAGGCCAAAGACCGGGAAUCAGACUCGGAUGAUUCCACCCACGCCCUCGCCGACAUGGCCUUGUGGGAGCGCUAUGAUGAGUCGCUUCCGGACGUGUUGCCCAGUGAGGUGCUUGGAUGGCUAUUGCUACGUCGUGCUGGCAUCAGCCACCAGGCUUCGCUUGCCGUGCAGUCUGCGGCUGCCAACUCCCUUCGAUUGGACGACAUCGAGAAGUCUUUGAGGGCCAUGGAGGAUGAGAUCCUAGGCCAGGAGCUACGACCUCGAGGAGGACUCGGACCAGGAGGGAAGGGACAUGGCCGCCACCGCACUUACUGGGUGGAGGAAAGUGGCGAAUGGGCUAUGUGGCUUGGUGAGAACGGUGAGCUGGAUGAGCUCUUCGAUGGCGGCGAGGUCCACUACGUCGGCAAGAAACUGCCCUCCCAGGUCCAUCCAGAGCCCUACGUGCCCCAGGACUACUAUGAGGACUGGAACUACUAUAGCUCUGGUUGGGACCCGUACUACGAAGAGUGGGAGACCGAGGACUAUGCCUCAUCGUGGUGGUAUGAGGACCUCCCGCCGGAGCAGCACAAGGAGCUGGAGGAGGCUUACGCUCUCCUGGAUCAGAAAGCCCGGAACUUCGUCGAAGCUCGGCAGGCCGUGAAGGCCCGCAACCUUUCCCGCGGCUUCUACCCGUAUGCUCCCUCGACUAAGGGAGGUUCCUUCAAGGGCAAGAAAGGAAAGGGCAAAGGGAAGCCAAAGGGAAAAGGCUAUGGCGGUCAAGCCUCAUCUUCGGCGACUCCACCCGUUAUGGCUGCUUCCUCGCUGGGCGGCCAGACUGACGAUGGGUCUGGCUUCCUGGGUGCUGCUGUGGGUGAUGCUGGCUACACGGGAUGCUUCAUCUGCGGCAACAAGAACCAUGACUUCCGGCACUGCCCCAAACGUCAGGGCAAGGGGAGCGCCAAAGGGGCAGUCCACUUUGCCUCCGAGGUGGGUACUAUCUACCAGGUGACGGAGGCUCCUACUUCUUCGGCUACCUCGGCAACGGCCUUUGCCAUUGAGGAGCAGUGCCAGGACGACGAGAUCUUCUCCUCUGAGGCUGAGGACCUUUCCGGCUAUGCGGUGUUGGACUCCGGGGCUACCGAGACGGUGGCUUCACUACCAGCCUUGGAGGCCUUGAUGGGUGUGCGGAGAAGCAUGGGUACGUCUUUGUCUGCUUCGUCGUUUCAGGUUCUUGACCAUCCCCCAAAGCGGUUCAAGUUUGGCAACGGAGAGUUUGCAGCAUCAGCCUCGUUCGUGUUGCUUCCCCAGCAGAUAGGAGACCAUCAUGUGGACUUGGGAGUGUACACGUUGGAUGUGGUUGGCGUCCCCGUCCUCAUAGGCAUUAAAACCAUGAUGCGACUUCAUGCCAUAGUGGACUUUGCUCAUUGUCGAGCUGUGUUUGCCGCUGUGGAUGCAGGCUUGGUUGUUCCCUUGAAGCGCAGCCGGUCGGGUCAUCUUCUUGUGAGUUUGAAGGACAAUUGGCUGCAGCAGGGUCACCGAAUGGAUGCAAGGACCGUCCAACCAGAGGCCUCUCCGUUUGUGUCAAAAGAGGGUCCGGCUAGCAGCUUCAUGGUGCAGGGGACCGCCGCAGAGCAUGUUGAUCCGGUAGGUGAAGAUCAGGAAGCAGUUCAUGCAGCCAGUGCCAAUCAGGCUCCUUCGGCAUCGAAGCAGCGUGGACCCAAGAAGCAGGCGGACCCGCUGGACGAGGAGCGAUCAGAGGGUCCAGAUCCGCGGGACCCUCGAGCCAAGGGCAGCCCUUGCUACGGCAACCAUCGUGUUGCCAAGGCCUACAAGGGAAGUGUCAGUGGAGCAAAUCAAUUCGGAAGCUGGACGGGUUGCGAGGUUUGCAAGAUCCGGCUCAGCUAUACCCCGCGGAUGGGGUGUCAUGGAAUCCACCGGAAGAGCGCACCUUUGGCACGCGACGUGCAGGAGAUCCACAAGACCCUUCCUCCCGAUGUGGAGGCUUACCCAACGAACCGGGAGAUCUCGCUGACGGCCGCGGAGAACAGCGCUUUGGCUCGACUGGAAUCCCUUCGACGUCUUCGCAAGGGAAGUGGCAAGGCGUCCAUUACGGCGGACGAGACUGCCAACAAGACCAAGGAUCCCUCGAAGACCGAAGAUCAAUCCAGCAAGACCACCGGGGAUCCAUCGAAGACCGGAGAUCAAUCCAGCAAGACCACUGGGGAUCAGAAGGAGAGCACCAAUGCUCAGGCAUCAACGUCGUCGAGUCCCGUAUCUCCAGGAACGAUCGUGGUGGAUCCGGAGGAGUUACCCAAGCAUCACAGUCGGAAGGCAUCGAGGCCCAACGACCAGAUCGUGGAGGUUGAGGACCUGGCUCUGAACCUGACGACGCAGAAGGCCUUCGACUACCAGUCCAUGGAGCGUUUGAUCAGCCAGAUGCAGCCCAACUCGUUCCGUGGAGGACGGCAGGCCACCGUGAAGGAGCGCAAGGGUGGGUUCUCCAUUGUCUUCGGGUUGUACGCUCAUGGCUCCUACUAUGGAUGCACACGUGAUUCAGAGCGAUACCCUGCGGUGUGCCGUUACCUGAAUGAGUGUGUCCGACGACUACGGCCAGACUCAAGUUUUCAUUGGACCUCCCUGGCGCUGAUGGUCAACAUGAGGGGAGCAAUGCACCUGGAUGCCCACAAUGAGGCUUCUUCGAGCAAUCUGGCAGUGGGUCUGGGACCUUAUGGAGGAGGAGAGCUUUGGGUCGAACUCCGUGAUGGUGAUCCUUCCGACCCUGCUCUUCCCCUCUCUUGGCGCGAGGUUCCUGGUGGGAAACGAGUCCCGGGGCAAGUCCAUGCUACGAGGCAUCACCCAACGGUGUUUUCUCCGAAACGCUACCAUAAGACCUUGCCCUGGACAGGAACCCGCUACACGGUGAUUGCCUAUACGGCCCGAAGUUGGCCAGAGGCUCGGAGGGACCAACGACUACAGGAGACUCUCCAGAGCCUCUCCUUUGUGGUCCCAAGUCCCACUCCCUCUACUACAAGUGCAACGAGGUCGGAGUGCCUCCUUGCGGAGCCUGAUGAGGAGUCUGGCCACGAGCUGACCGAGGAGGGUGUACUUCUUACGUUGGAGGACCGCGAGGCUAUCCUCUCCACCUACGAGGACUUUGAAUCAGGGCUGAAGGAGAUCUUCCUGCAGUACCCCAACGAGAAGGCUACCAACGUGGUGCAUUUGUGUUCACCCUGGUUGGCGCCGUUGGAAAUGGAGCACGCCCUGCAACGAGAGGACUGGUCUUACCAAGUUCUCUCCCAUGGAGAAGGCUGUGAUCUGGCCACCAAUGGAGGGUUUCAUCAUGCACGGGACCUCCUGACAUCGUUGAAGCCAGAAUGGCUUUGGUGCCAUGUGCCUCGGGGCCCACCACUACUGUUUGCUGAUGGAGAUAAUUGGCCAGACCCAAAACAGGCCAACAAGGCAAAGCGCUACCUCAAGGUGCUGAGACAUGUACUUCUUCUUUCACGUGAUCAUGUCCUUGGAGGCGGGAAGCUGAUUUGGUUCCUUCCCUCAACCAGCGCCGCCGGAAAUGUUAGAGAGGUUCAGCGGUUCUGGAAUCACUAUGGGAAGGGCCCUGCCAAUGCCGUCACCGAGGGAGUGCUCAUGUUCUCCAAUGUGAUGGAACUAUGCGACCUACCUUCACGGCAACCCUAUGAAGGGAUUUGGGCUACCUUGACUUCCGCCACCACCAGCACUGCGGCCCUGAUGUUGGACGAUGCGACCGAUAUGGUCCUACCCGUGGAUACGAGCUGUCUGGAAACGUUGACUACUACUGAGUUGGACCGUUUGAUGCACCAUGUCCAUCAACUACAUCGUCGUUUUGGCCAUCCCUCCAACCGUCUUUUCGUGAAGAACCUCAUUCACCGCAACGCUGAUGAAAAGGUUAUUGCAGCGGCCUCUAAGUUGGAGUGUGAUGAGUGUCUUGAAUCUCAAAUCAAGAUGCCCUCUCCGGCCGUCAACCUGGACAAGUGCGAGAAGCUUUGGUCAUGCUUGCAGGUUGAUGGAUUCCACCUGCGUUGCGGGGACGUGGUGUACCACUUCCUCUUGAUGGUGGACGAGGCCAGUGGCUUUGCUGUGGUCCGGGAGAUGUUCUCUCAUCCUGAGGAAGACCAUCGGAACAUGUCCGGGCCGGAGGUGGUCCAUGUGCUCCAGGAGGCCUGGUUCCAGUACUUUGGGUACCCGGACACGCUCAAGUUGGACUUGGAGGGUGCCCUGAGGAGCAAGGUCCUGAGAGAAGCGUGUGCUGAUAAAGGGAUCGAUUUGAUCCCAGCUCCCGCCGAGUAUCAUGAGAUGAUUGCCGAUGUGGAAAGGGAGAUCGGCUACGUGAGACAGCACUUGGAGCGCUUUCUACGUGGCGGAGCCUUUGAGAGACCGGGUCAAGCUGCUCUUGCUGCUGUGGCAGCCCAUAACACGCUUGCCCGGGUCCAUGGCUUUUCACCUCUUCAAUGGGCUCUGGGGAGAGACAUGUCUUUGGGCAAUCGAGCUCAUGAGGCAUCCGGCGAUGCUAUUUCUUCGACAAGGACUACGAACUUUGCUCAGCAAGGAAAUCUACGUUUGGAGGCGGAGCGAUCUUUCCUUCAAUAUCGGGCCGACCAACUGGCCUCCCGGGCGAAGAAUGCCAAGGUCCGCACCCAAGUUCGUUUCUUCCCGGGCGACAUGAUAUUUUAUCGUCGCUAUAAAUCGCCCGCCGAUUUGCCCGCAAACUCCUGGAUCGACCGUCCGCGGCUUCGGGGUGCCCGUUGGUAUGGACCAGGGAGAGUCUUGGCCUGCGAGACCAAGGUGGAAGAGGGACAUCGCAAACCCUCCCAGUAUGUUUGGGCCAUUUGCUCCGGCAGGUUGAAGAAGUUCCACAGCACUCAGUUGAGACAUGCUUCCGCAAGCGAGCGCCUGACCCACGAGGCCCUCCGGGAUAUCACCAUGCCGUGGACUUUGACUUCUUUGACUCGGUUGAUGGAGAAGGGAUCGUACGAUGAUGAGACUCGAUCCCGGGCAUCUCGAAACCUUCCAUUUGGGAGGAAGAAACGUGGGUUUCAACGUCGUGAACCGGAGACCUCAACACGACCUCCUCCACCACCAGCGCCUGCAAGUGCGACCCGCGGGAAGGAGUCCGAGGAACUUCUGGACUUCCCCUCGGAUGAGGAGAUGAUCCCUGAUCCCUCGACAAGGAAGGCUCCUCGGCUCCAAGAAUCAGAAGCUGGGUCCCAUGUGUCUGAGGCCCCGCUGGACGUGAACCGUCUUCUUCACGAUCCUCGCUACCUGCCUGCGGCGUCUACUACCAGGUUUCAAGAACAACGGCGCCAGCAUGAGCAGGAUGAUCGCCCCUGGCAUGUUCAACAAGGCGACCUUCUCUACACCGCGGAGGAGACGGAGUCCGGGAUUUAUUCGGUGAUCCUGGACAUGCCCGCCAACGACAGAGAGUGGAAGAAGGUCCUCAAGGAUCCUCGCAAAUUCCUGGCGAAAUCGGUCCAGAAGGGGGUGGAAGUCAGCUGGCACCGCCUGGAUGAUGUUCAACGUGCAGCCAUGACGGAGGCCAAGAAGGCUGAAGUGGAUUCAUGGAUAUCCAACAAAGUGGUGAAGGCGGCCCUUCCCCACAUCACGCGGGACCAAGCGCUUCGCAUGAGGUGGAUCUACACCUUCAAGGCGGCAGAACCGGGCAAGGUGAAGGCGAAGGCGCGUAUGGUUAUCCUGGGAUAUAGUGACCCGUCAUUGUUGGACCAGGAGACCUCGUCACCAGCAAUGUCUCGCCAGAGCAAGAUGCUUUUCUUCAACUACGCGACGGCCCGCCGUUGGAGAGUGCUGGCGGGGGAUGUGAAAACCGCCUUCUUGCAGGCGAAGGCCCCAGACCGACGCCAUCCUCUUCAUGCUCAACCUCUUCCGGAGUUGGCAGCAGCCAUGAACUUGUCUGAGGAGCAGAUGGUGGAGCUCUUGGGCUCAGCUUAUGGUUUGACUUCAGCGCCCCGAGAAUGGUUUCAGGACCUCACCUCUACUUUGCGGAAGCUACAAGCUGUGCCCUGCUUGUCAGACCCCUGCAUUUGGCGGCUCUUCGAUGCUUCGGGCCAGAAGGUUGUGGGGCUCAUUGGACUCUACGUCGACGACAUCCUCUUCUGCGGGGAUGAGGCCUGUGACCUUUACUGCAGCUUCCUCCACGACUCCUAUGCGUGGAGUCCCUGGGAAAGUGACAAUUUCAGUCAUUGUGGGGUCAGAGUGCAACAGUUUGCUGAUGCUAGCAUCUUGUUGGACCACUCUGAGUAUUGUGCAGAGUUGGUUCAAAUGCCUGCACGUGCUAAAGGAGAUGAUGGCGAGCUCACUCCACAAGAAACCUCGCAGGCACGAGCCAUCCUCGGCUCGAUCCAAUGGAGGGCUUCCCAGACGGCACCGCAGCAUAGUGCUAAGGUGUCCUACUUGUUGUCAAUGUUGGCAACAAGGCGCGGGGAAGUAGUGGACAUGGUGAACAAGCUUGUUCGCGAGGUUCACUCGUCGCGCCACACCUCAGUGAGAAUCCAGCAGCUGGAGUGCGACCCCUCGCAGAUGAUCAUGAUCGGCUGGAGCGACGCUGCUGUCGCGAAUAGGCCGGACCUCAAGUCGACAGGAGGACACCUGUUCGGCCUCAUGAAUCCCGAGGAGUUCAAGAGGGGGCACGGCAAGAUAAAUGCCAUUACGUGGAAGAGUGGCAAACUCCAGCGUGUAGCACGAAGCAGCUUGUCCGCGGAGACCCAAGCCCUCGCUGAUCUCGACGGCGACCUGAUGUUCGCACGCAUGACUUGGGCAGAAAUGAAUGGUGCCCAAGGCGAACUGAAGGACAAGGAGGACUGGAUCCGCUCUGUUCCGGCCACCAUGGUCAUUGAUGCCAGAGCCCUUUACGACUCCCUCGAGCGCGGCGACUUGACGAUUUCCAACAUGAAAGACAAGUUUUCAGCGUUGGAGACCCUGGCUCUGGCACAAAGUAUGACCUCCCUUGGCACCCAGCUGCAGUGGACGGACAGCGACCAUCAGCUGGCAGACGGUGCUUUUAUGAGUGCCAAGAAGCGCCGGGCCUUGGAGGCCAUGAAUUCUUCUUUUGAGCUGGAGGAAGAUCGCUAA